AUAUCAAUUCAAUAUCUCUGUACUUUGUUUUCUUGGGAAAGUUUAUAUGUUAUUUUUUGUAAUAUAUAACAAUAACUCAGGUUACAAAGGAUGCCUCCGAAGAAAGUGGACCUACAAAGGAUAGCGAACGAUAAGACAAGGAUAACAACUUACAAGAAGAGGAAAGCUAGUCUUUACAAGAAGGCACAAGAGUUCUCAACUCUCUGCGGCGUCCAGACAUGUCUCAUCGUCUACGGUCCCACGAAGGCUACCGAUGAGGUGGUUCCCGAGCCAGAGAUAUGGCCGAGGGACGAGACCAACGUCAGGGACAUCAUACGCAAGUACAAAGACACAGUGUCGACCAGCUGCAGAAAAGAAACCAACGUGGAGACUUUCGUUAACGAUUUAGGUAAGACAAACGAGGUGGAGACUAAAAAGAGAGUGAAGCGUGAGAAUAAGUAUUGUAGUUGGGAGGAGAAGCUAGACAAGUGUUCACGAGAGCAACUACAUGAGAUUUUCUGUGCCGUGGAUAAAAAGUUACAUGAAGCUGUAAUGAGACAGGAUCUUAGUAUGUAUAGGGUUCAUCAUCAAGCCAUGGACACACCAAUCCCGCAGAAUUUUAUGGAUCAACAUUUCAUGCCACAGUAUUUUCAUGAGCAGCCACAGUUUCAAGGCUUCCCCAAUAACUUUAAUAAUAUGGGUUUCUCGUUAAUCUCGCCUCAUGAUGGUCAGAUUCAAAUGGACCCAAAUCUCAUGGAGAACUGGAGAGACUUAGCUUUAACACAAAGCUUGAUGAUGUCAAAGGGAAACGCUGGUACUCAAUUGAUGCAGAUGCAAGCACAACCUUAUUACAAUCGUGAACCGAUUGUACCGAGGUCUGCGGGUUUCAAUGUUAAUCCGUUAACGGGAUAUCAAGUCCCGUUUAAUAUUCCUUGGAGGUUAUCGGGAAAUCAAGUUGAAGAUUGGGAGCUAUCAGGGAAGAAACAGAUUUGAAUGAAGGAGGUUUUAGGGUUUUAUAGUUUUUUUUCUGUUGGUUUUUUUAUUGAGUGGAUGAUGGCUUGACAUAACAAAAGUCGAGUGUGUUUUUGACAUAACAUCAUCAUCUUACAUUUUAUAAAAGUUUUGGUUUUAGGUAAAAUUUU